AUGAAACGAUUGGCUAUUGUUCUCUUUCGAUAUGAUUUACGUUUGCAUGAUAAUGAAUUACUUGUCUGGGCACAUGCAAACCAUGAUUAUGUCAUUCAUACAUAUUGUUUUGAUCCAAGACAAAUCACGGAUAAAACAUAUAAAUGCGAUCUUGUCAAAUGUGACAAAUAUCGAUUGAAAUUUCUUAUUGAAACUAUUGAAGAUCUCAAUAUAUCGUUAGUCAAUAGGGGAAGUGAUCUUCAUACGUAUCGCGAUACACCCGAGAACGUUCUUGGACAGUUGGUUCAACAGUUCAAGGGUCAGUAUGAGAUUUCAAUUGGUUAUCAUCAAGAAGCCACAAAGGAAGAAACCGACGUGGAAAAAGCCAUUCAGCAACUAGCAAAAGAUAAUAACCUACACGUGAAAGAAUUUUGGACAUCGACAUUGUAUCAUCCAGAUGACCUACCAUACAAUAAUCCAAAAGCUUUUCCAGAUGUAUUUACACAACUUCGAGUAGCACUGGAAAAACAACAUGUUCAAGUGCGGCGUUUGGUAAACCCACCUAAUGCAUUUAAAUCAUCACCAGAUGGAUUCCCAAAAACAACUAUACCAAGUUUACUUGAUUUUGGAUAUACAAAUGCUACUUUACAUUCGAAUAGUGUGUUUAUAUUGAAAGGUGGAGAAUCGUCAGGUUUGGCUCAUCUUCAUAGUUAUAUUUGGGAGAAAAAUUUAGUUCAGUCUUACAAACAAACACGGAAUAGUUUAACUGGUCCGGAGAAUACAACAAAAUUCUCAGCAUGGUUAGCGAAUGGAUCUUUAUCUCCACGUCAAAUCUUUUUCGAACUAAAAAACUACGAAAAUCAUCAAGGCCAACGUGAUGCUGGAUAUUGGAUUAUAUUCGAAUUGCUUUGGCGUGAUUUUUUCAAAUUCAUUGCCAUGAAAUAUGGCACUCGUUUGUUUUAUAGUCGAGGCCUCCGACAAGAACCUUAUGUCUGGAAGCAUGACAUCAAAGAAUAUGAAGCUUGGAAAACGGGUAAUACUGGUAUCCCAUUCGUUGAUGCGAAUAUGCGAGAAAUUAUGGCCACUGGUUGGAUGUCGAAUCGUGGAAGACAAAAUGUAGCAAGUUUCCUUACGAAAGAUUUAGGAAUUGAUUGGAGAUAUGGUGCUGUAUGGUUUGAAUCAAUUCUAAUUGACCAUGAUGUGUGUUCUAAUUAUGGUAAUUGGAUCUAUGUUGCCGGUAUUGGUAAUGAUCCACGAGAAAAUCGUCAUUUCAACAUGGUUAAACAAGGAUUCGAUUACGAUCCUGAUGGUGUUUUCAUUCGCACAUGGUGCCCUGAAUUAGCCCAAUUAUCUAACGAAUACAUUCAAACGCCAUGGUUAGCACCGACGCACGUUCUUGCAGAGGCAGGGAUUGAACUUGGUGUGAAUUAUCCUCGUCCAAUGCUUGUCGUUCCUCAAUGGAAUCAACAGUUUAAAAACCGGCGAACGGCAACUCAAAAUCAACAUCACACGCAACAACGUGGAAUUAAUUUCUACUUUCGAAAUCACGAUAAACGACAAUAG